AUGACUCCCCUGGCUUUGUUCUUGUGCGCCAGCGCCUCUCUGCUGGUCCCGGUGGCCUCCCAGGAUAUAUUCAGCAACAGGGAAUCCUUCUCUCAGUGCCUGGCGCUCGCCCGCAAGAUUCACAGCGACGUCUACGCGCUGCUGAGCAAAUAUAAGGAAGAGCACAUUGGAAGCAAGUCCUUCGAAGACUACAGCCUGGUGAUGACCAGCCUGCCGACCAUCAACCUGCACUACAGCACCUGGCUCAGCAUGGAGGACAGCGAGAGGCUCCUGAUCAAUCUCAAGGAUCUCCACGUCUUCUGGAUCCACGUGGACGCCAAGCGCAUCUACGAGCUGGAAAGCAUGCCCCAGAGCUCGCUCGCCCAGAACAUGGAGGACGUUCUGCUGGACAUGCGGGAUCUGCUGUUCCAGAUGAAGCACCAGCUGGAAUUUCUGGAAACCCCGGCUCCUGAAACCCUGAGCCAGUCUGUACCUGACGCCCUGCUGAACCCCCAGAACGAGUGGCUGAGCAAGCUGCAGGGCUAUAUCAUCCUGAGAGAUCUGGAGAGGUACCUGGGCAAGGUGGUGCGAGACUUCACCCUGCUCAGGACCAAAUACCAAAAGUGA